AUGGACGAAGAACACGAGAUCCUGAACAUUACGAUAAAACCCCAGUUUGAAAAGGAUCAUCACUACUCGCUUCAGAUAAAAUACAAUGGAAUCUUGAACGACAAGUCGAAAGGAUUUUAUAGGAGCCAAGUCAUACAAAGGGGCCAAGUAGUCGGGUAUAUCGCAACGACUUAUUUCGAGCCGACGUACGCUCGACUAGCGUUCCCAUGUUGGGACGAGCCCGCCUACAAGGCGAAGUUCGACAUCAGUUUGACGCACGAUAAGACACUUCAAGCGAUCUCUAAUACGGACGUACUGAAAAAAGAAGAAAAAGAUGACAUGAUAACUACUUCGUUCAAAGAAACCCGACUGAUGUCUACUUAUUUGGUAGCAUUCGUUGUAAGCAAUUAUGAAUUUAAGGUAGAUAAAGACGGCAACUUCACCUAUAGGGUAUGGACGAGGAAAACAAUGAUAAAGCAUGUUGACUACGCUUUGGAAAUGGGUAGGGAGCUUCUAGAAGAGCUGAAUUUGUACAUGAAUAUUUCGUACCAGACAUAUAUGCCAGACAAAUUAGAUCAAAUUGCGGAGAAGGAUUUCCCGGUCGGCGCUAUGGAGAAUUGGGGUUUCGUGAUUUUCAG